AUGGCGGCGGCUUUUCUGCCCAGCGCGAUGAUGGACGCGACGAUGGUGACGGGCCCGCCGCCGCCAAAGUCACCUAAGUUGUCCUGGGCCACUGUCACCAUUCUCACAGAUGGCGAGGACUCUCCUUACGAGCGGAGGUUCAAGAUCGUGCAGCGCGGUGACGAUGCCGAUGCCCUGCAGCCCAGCAUACCACAACCAAGGGCGACCAAGCUCUGCGCUCUCGACGGCAACCACUCGGCCAUGGGCUGGUCCAGGACCGUGACAAUCAACACUGACGGCCGCUACCACCUGUUUCGGAGCAAGAAGUACCAUGCCUAA